AUGGAGGACAUUCAGCUCCUCCUGGAAAACAGAGGUCUCCCUUCCAUCGGCGACAAGCAGUCGCUGACCGAAAGACUUCAAGGGGCCCUGUGCGAGGAGAUCUGCGAGUUCGAGUGGGAACAGGGAGAGGUUCCUGCCUGCCAUGCAGAGAUCAUCGGGGCAGGGUGCAGCAUGUUCACACACCACAACAGCGUCUACGUGUUUGGGGGCAUGGACGAUGAACGCAGCGAGCACAUGUCAAUGUGGAAAUGGGACCUGUCCAAGGACGAGGGCUUUGAGCCAGUCAGCUACAGGGGGGUGGUGCCUGCGAAGUUGACGGCGGGGCACUACGCGGCGGUGCAUGGCAACGAGCUGUGGGUGUUCCCGGGGCCGCGCAACCACAACAUGCGCCGUGUCUACUGCCUGGACAUGCUGCGAUACAGGUGGGCAGAGCGGACGGUGGUUGGAGAUCCCCCGAGCGACACACACUGCCGCCGCAACCUCAAUGCAAUGCUGGACGGCCGCAGACUCGUUGUUGUCGGGGGCCCGACAAUGGACAAGGCGUUCUUCUUCGACUUUGAGAGCCGCACAUGGUCGUCGCGCGCAUGCAAGGACGUGCUGCCGUCGUGGUCCUUUGGGCACGCCGCCAAGCGCGGCCGCUCCAUCUUCGCUGUCGGCAGCCCCCGCGGCGAGAUCGGCACCCUCGAGGUAAGGGAGCUUGAUUUGGCGACGCUGAGGUGGCGGAGGGUGGGUGCAACAGGGUCCCCUCCGCCGUUUCGGAUACACUCCAGCGCGGCGGUUGUGGGCGACAAAUGGAUCAUACACGGCGGCCGCCGGCCCGGCAAGUUCAAUGUCACCAACCAGACCUUCGUCUACAACUUCACCACAAACAGGUGGUCGGUGCUGAUGGCGGAGGGUGACGUGGCGGCGGCGCGCGAGUGGCAGGCGGCGCUGGGGCUGCAGGACUGCAUGGUGGUCGUGGGCGGCCGCGCGGACAUUCCCGACUUUGAGCCCAUCCCGCUCUCCUGCGACACCAUGGCCUCCGCCGUCGAAAUCCUGUGGUACCGCGCGCCUCCGCAGGCCCACGCCCCCACCGGCAAGGCGGCGCUGCUGGGCAGUGUGAGAGGCCUCUGCGGGUCGGAGCACCUGGCGGAUGUGUGCCUGAUCGUGCGCGGCCGCCGCAUGCCGGCUCAUCGCCAUGUGCUGGCGCCGCAAUCGCGCGUCUUUGAGCGCAUGUGGAGUAAUUCCAUGUCCGAGAUGGAGACGGCCGAGGUGACUAUCACGGACCUGUCUCCAGAGACAGUGGAGUUGCUGCUGCAGUACUGCUACGGCUGCCUCCACAAGAUGCCCACCGACCAUACAGAGGUGAUUGACCUGUUCAAGGCGGCGGACAAGUAUGAUGUGCUGGGCUUGGUGCAAGAGUGCGUGGCCAGCUUCCGCGAGCUGACAGGCGCUGAUGAGGUGGCACCGCUCCUGCAGGUUGCUGCGGAGAGGCACAGCGGCGAGCUGCGCGCAGUCUGCGUGGACGUCACAGCGCAGUGCCUGCCAGACGUUCUGGAGACGGAGAGUUUCAGGCAGAUGGUGGCGCACCAGCCAGACCUGGGCCUGGAUUUCAUCCGGGAGACCGCGCUGCGCCUGGGCUGCCCCUGCAUGCCCACCACUCCUGCACAGCAGCCAAACGAUUCCCCCACGCACGACCCCCAGGCAGAGUCCCCACCCUCAACCUCCGCCGGCUACAAGCUGACGCCGGCGGCGGCUCCCGCGCUGCCGGCUGCGGCAGCUGCCGAGGAAGCCGGCAGCAGCAGCGGGGGCGAGGAUGCCGGAACGCCGCGCGAGACCAGCGGCGGCCUGCCGGAGGGCCCGGCGACGCCGCCGUCGCGCGGCCGCUCUGGCCACGGGCCGCUGCCGCCGGAUGCUGCGUUGCACAGCCCUGUGAGCGCCCUGCGCAGCGCUAGCGCCGGCCUCGCCAUUGACGUGCCCCGGGACGGCGGCGGGCCGUCGAUGCCCGUCCCGGACAGUCGUCUGAAUCCGCAUGCUGCUUAA